AAAAUUCAGCACAGUGCUCUAAGGAGGAAAAAUGUUUCUGGCAUGUUCCAAGACCGAAGGGAAUCUAGAAAUAGGAUGGGAGAUGGGGGUAUAAAAGGGCUGGCUUGGGAAUCAAACCGUAACAGUCAAUAAAGGGAUCAGCCCAACUCACUUGUCCACUAGAGCAGUCAAGCCUUUAUUUAUAAUGUGGUCAGUGCCCAGGUAGAGGUAAGGCCCCAGGUGUUGUGGGGUAUUGGGCUUAGGGAAGUGUUUUACAUGGCAGGAAUGACUGCAAGGCAGAAAUACUUUAUGGCUUGCUGGGAUUGAAGUUCAGCAAGGAUAUUUAUUUGGUUAAUUUCUGUUUAAUAAAAACAUUGCUUACUGAAAAAUAAUUGAAUUUUCAGUUUCCUCACAAAUCAACUUUUUUAACUAAAGAACUUAACCCAGGGGUUUGAUACCAGCCUGGGCGAUAUAGUGAGACCUCCUCGCUAUAAAAAAAUUUAAAACUAGCUAAGCUUGGUGGCGCAUGCCUGUAGUAUCUUCUAAAAAUGAGUUACUUUUCAUUUAGGUUUCUCUUAGACAUGUGCACUCCAUGCAUUAACAAACUUCUUUGUUUUUCUCUUGUUACAAGGGUUCAUCCCAACUAAGAAUUCAGAUUAAGGAAAAAAUUAUUUUUCCUCCUCUAUGCUAUCUUAUUCUAAUCCAUUCUUUGGGAAAUUAAGCAUAAUAAUAUUUCGAUUCUUUCCCUCUUUAUUUUUGAAUUAUGUUGAAUUUGCUUGAGAGAGAUGGUUUAUCUUGAUUUGCAAAAGACAAAGUAUAUAUAGAUAAAUUGAUGUGUGGGAUAUUCUCUAAGAAUAAUUCAUAAACCUUUGACAUUUAUUAAAUUUAGAAGUAUAGAAGAAACCUCUAAUUUUUCAAAGCCUUGUGUUCAUCUUAUGUGUCAAUAUAUUGCUAGAGGACUUUUGAAGUGUGCUUUCUUUGGCAAAAAAUUGUAAAAUUCUAACAAUAUUUAAGUGCCUACUGUGCACCAGACAAUAUUCCAAGAACUAGAGAUAGAGGAGUGAACAAAACCAAGUCCCUGUUCCUGCUAUCAUGGCACUGACAUUCUAAUGGAGAGAAGUAGACAAUAAGCAAAUACAUGUCAGUUGGAAAUAAGUGCUUAAAAAAAAAGAAAGGGAGAGAGUUGCUCUUGCAGAUGGACUGCUCAAAGAGAAUCACUCUGAUGAGAUAAAGAGUGGGCAGAAACUUUAAAAGCCCUGUAGAUAUCUAUAAAGGGAAAGAAUAUUCUAGGUUGUGGCCACGGCAUAAGCGAAUACCCUUAAAACAGGAGCUUCUCCACAAAUUGAUGGCAAAGUAGAUCAGGUGUGACUACGGUGAAGUAAGCCUUUGGUAGGAAAUGACACCUGAGAAGGAGCAAAGACCCAGCUCACGUAACUGGAUGAGUAAGCCAGUGAGAGAGUGGAAGCAAAUGACACUGGAGAGCCAAGGACCAGAAGCAUGAAUAGUCACCGUGAGGACCUGUGAGAGCUCCAGGAGCCUACAAAAAACUGGGGAGUGGAGAAGAGGGGAUGGCUAAGUCUCUCUGACUUGUCCACACUGAGCUGGUACCGGUUCCAUUGGAGGUGUGAGUAGCUAGUUUCUGCUCUGUGGUUACCAAUGACACAGGAGCUGAGCUUCCAAAAAUUUAUUGAACAAUCUGACUUACUAGGAGAACUUAAAUAUGACUUCAAUGAAAAAGCUGAAUUCAGACACACCGAGACUCAAAGACCUUUUGUCUUUAACCAUUAUGGAAAUGUCUUUGAGAAAAAUAGCAAGCGGUACCAGGACCUUGGCCAUUUGCUUGAACAAUACAUUUAUGAGCUUUUGGAGAAAGUGUGCAAAUUAGGAAAAGUUUAUAUCCCACCUGAGGCUGAUGAAGAAGAACAAAGAAGCUUCUUUUUCAUGAGCGAGAAAGCAUUAACAAACCAGCAUUCUGCUCUUCUUGUCCUUCUUCAAGACCAGGGGGUCUUUCGAGCUGGUCAGUGGAGUCAGCAGGCAAUAAUACAUCAUGGUCUCCAACAUGGAAGUCAGAUACCAUGUAUUCAAAUGGCAUUGCAGGCACAUUAUGAUGUAAUUGUGCUAAACCCCAAUGAUAAUUUUGUGGAACUAAAGAUGGAAAAAGAGUGGAAAGGCCUUUUAACACAAAAUAUUGAGUCGUCUUCUCUAAAAAUUGUUCAAGGUGGGAGCUUUUUCUCUCUCCAGCGUCCCAAAUGUAUUCCAAAAAGAUGCAGCAACACCCCUGAAGAACACAUGGCUUACAUAUGGGAUUACUUCAUUUCAAAGACUGAAGGCAAGGACAUUGCCUUCAUUGUACACGGUUAUGGAGGCUUGGUUUUUAUGGACUUGCUUGUUCGUAGAAGGUGGGAAGUGAUGAGCAAAGUAUAUGCUGUUGCACUUAUUGACUCUGAACAUCAUGUAGGACACCAGCUGGGAAGUGAUGUACAGUUACUAGCAUGGAUAAAGCACCACUGCCGUGAAUGGGUGACAAGUCCUAAGCCUUUGGAUAAACCUGCAGCUACUGUUUUCAAAAGGGAAUUUCCUAUGGUUUCUGCUGGUACAGAAAACUACAGCUUAGCCCCUUCCUCUAGCCUUCAGUCAAUUUUUAAGUACUUUAAAAAAGCUUUAAAAGCCAAAACAACUAUUAAUUUCUCUAGAAUGCCAAUAAUGACUAGAAGUUCCACAAAAAGAAAAAAAAGUGCUUAAACUACUUUUGUCUUCUAAGAUUUUUUUUUUUUUUUUUUUUGGUCCUCCUGCAACUUUGCUAAUAAAGAUUCUGGAGAAAACAAAAAAACACUGUCAACUCACACACAAUAUGAUGUUCUGGCUUGAGGUUUGAUUUGUCACUUUUCAUUACGUUUUGUUUUUAUGAGGCAGGGUCUCACUUUGCUGCCCAGGGUAGUCUGGAAAUCUGGCCCCAAGUGAACCUCCCACUUCAGCCUCCCAAAGUGUUGGGAUCAUAGGCAUUAGCCACUGCACAUGGCCAGGUCUGUUGCUUGAUUUGAUUUUCUUUUUCUUUCUUUCUUUUUUUUUUUUUUUUUUUUUUUUUUUUUUGAGGAGGGGUCUCACUCUAUCAGCCACGUUGGAAUGCAGUGGCACAAUCUCAGCUCACUGCAACCUCUGCCUCCUGGGUUCAAGCAGUUCUCCUGCCUCAGCCUCCCGAGUAGCUAGGACUGCAGGCAUACACUACCACGCCCGGUAAUUUUUGUAUUUUCAGUAGAGACAGGGUUUCACCAUGUUGGCCAGGUUGGUCUAGAAUGUCUGACCUCAGAUGAUCCACCUGCCUCAGCCUCCCAAAGUGCUGGGAUUACCGGUGUGAGCUGCUGCACCUGGUCAUUUUGUUGUUUUUUUGAAAAGUGAACAUAUUCUCUUUUGUAGCCUACUGAUGAACUGGGAAUUCAGUGCCAUCGUUAAUGUUUUGCAGUAUUUGUUAAGUGUGAAGAUCUUUCUUUUGACAAAUUAUGGUUUAAUACAACGACAAAAUGGCAAUUGAUAAAAAAUAUUGUCAAUCUUUGAUUUCUAUAAUACCAUAAUAAAAUUACAAGUGAAUGUAAAAAUUAAACAUAAUAAACAAACUACAUUCUUUGUAUAUGUUUUUUGUUAAAAUUUGUUGUACUUCUUAUUCACAAGGUCUGAAGGAAAAAAAAUUUAAUUUCUUGGUGUUGUGUGUGUGUUCACUCAUAUCUUCAACUAAUAUCUGAGUGUUUACUAUGUGACAGUCAAGACUAGGUGUUUGGGACACAGUAGAAACAGCGAUUACAUUGCCUUCCUCUUUACAGAGUUUACAAUGGCCGAGAAAUUACAAAUGUGAAGAGUGUUAAAAAGUAAAGAAGCCAGGUGGAGUGGCUCACAUCUAUAAUCCUAGCAUUAUGGGAGGCUGAGGCGGGUAGAUCACCUGAGGUCAGGAGUUCAAGACCAGCCUGGCCAACAUGGUGGAACCCCAUCUCUACUAAAAAUACAAAAAUUAGCAGAGCAUGGUAGCUAGCGCUUGUAAUCUCACCUACUUGGGAGGCUGAGGCAGGAGAAUCACUUGAAUCCCAGAGGCUGAGGUUGUGCCACUCCACUCCAGCCUGGGCAACAAGAAUGAAACUCUGUCUCCAAAACAAAAAAGAAGUGGUGUGAUGGAAUAUCUAGCAUGAGAGCUAAACAGCCUUGGGAUUCAGGGAAUAUUUCCCUAAGAAAAUGUUGCUUAGUUUGAAGAGCAAUAGUAGUUGUCUAGGAGAACAAAGUCACUGGCAAAUAAACAGCCUAUGCAAAGGCAUUCAGGCAGAAGAAGGCUAGCUCAGCUACAGCUAAAAGAUUGAGAAGGAAUCAUGUGUUCAGAAACAAAUGAUUUAUGACACUUAUUGAUAUAAUUUGGAUUUGGAUAUUUGUUCCCACCCACAUCUCAUGUUGAAUUAUAAUCCCCAAUGCUGGAUGUGAGGCCCAGUAGUGUUUGGGUCAUGGGGGUAGAUCCCUCAUGGCUUGGUGCUGUCUUCACAAUAGUGAGUUCUAGUGAGACCUGGUCAUUUGAAAGUGUGUGACACAUUCCCCACCCUCUCUCUCUUGUUACUGGUCUGCCACAUGAGAGUCCUACUCCCCUUCACCUUCUGCCAUGAGUAAAACUCCCUGCGGCCUUUCCAGAAACCAAGCAGAUACCAGUUCCAAGUUGCCUGUAUAGCCUGCAAAACCAUGAACCAAUUAAACCCCUUUCCUUUUUUUUCUUUUUUUUAAAAAAAUAAGAUGGGGUGUCACCAUGUUGGUCAGGCUGGACUUGAACUCCCGACCUCAGGUGAUCCACCCACCUUGGCCUCCAAAGUGCUUGAAUUACAGGCAUGAGCCACCAUGCCCGGCCCCCUUUUCUUUAUAAAUUACCCAGUCUCAGGUAUUUCUUUAUAGCAAUGCAAGAACACCCUAACACAGAAAAUCGGUACCAAGGAGAAAGGUGUUGCUAUAAAGAUACCUGAAAAUGUGGACGCAGCUUUGGAACUGGGUAAUGGGCGGAGGUUGGAACAGUUUGGAGGGCUCGGAAGAAGUCAAGAAAAUGAGGAAAAUCUUGUAAUUUCCUAGAGAGUGGUUAAAUGGUUGGUACCAAAAUGCUGAUAGUGAUAUGGACAGUGAAGACCAGGUUGACGAGGUCUUAGAUGGAAAUGUCAAACUUAGGAACUGGAGCAAAGUUCACACAUGUUAUGCCUUAGCAAAGAACUUGGCUGCAUUGUGCUAUUUCCCUAGGUUCUGUGAAAGUUUGAACGUGAGAGUGAUGAUUUAGGUAUCUGGCAGAAAAAAUUUCUACACAGCAAAGCAUUCAAAAUGUG